CAACAACAAUAUUAUCAACAACCACAAUACUACCAACAACAACAAUACUAUCAACAACAACAAUAUUAUCAACAACAACAACACUAUCAACAACAACAAUACUAUCAACAACAACAAUAUCAACAACAACAAUACUCUCAACAACAACAAUACUAUCAACAACAACAAUAUUAUCAACAACAACAAUACUACCAACAACAACAAUACUAUCAACAACAACAAUAUUAUCAACAACAAUAACACUAUCAACAACAACAAUAAUAUCAACAACAACAAUAUCAACAACAACAAUACUAUCAACAACAACAAUACUAUCAGCAACAUCAAUAUUAUCAACAACAACAAUACUACCAACAACAACAAUACUAUCAACAACAACAAUAUUAUCAACAACAACAAUACUAUCAACAACAACAAUACUAUCAACAACAACAAUACUAUCAACAACAACAAUAUUAUCAACAAUAACAAUACUAUCAACAACAACAAUACUAUCAACAACAACAAUACUAUCAACAACAACAAUACUAUCAACAACAACAAUACUAUCAACAACAACAAUACUAUCAACAAUAACAAUACUAUCAACAACAACAGCGUGUUCAGAAAGAAGGCCAAGACCUUUGCGGAUGUCUUUGAGCCCAGUCUCCUGAAAGAACAAUACCUCACCGAGCAGGACGAGGUCAUCAAGCUCGCCGACGUACCGGAACGAAUCCAA